AUGGCGUUCAGUGCUUUUUCCUCCUCCUGCGUCUAUGAGAGGACGUUUGACCCAAAGGACAAAUUCAGUAUUCAGUGUGUGGAAAGCCAUCUCCCAAACAUCUACGUGGGAACUAAACAAGGAAGCAUCCAUGACCUUAUUCUUCUCCAAACCGGAAGUUCGAGUCCGAGCCGAGCCAAAGAGCGUCUGGCCAGAAAACUCUCCAGCUCCGCGGUCUCUCGGAUCCGCCUCGUGCCCGUCUACGACCGCAUCUUGGCCCUGAGUAACCGCUCCAUCACAGCCCUGGACAUGUCCUCCCUGGAGAUCAACCAGAGCUUCAAGAAGAUCCCCAACGUGUCCCAGUUUGAGGUCCGGCAGCAGCGAGACGGCAGAGUGGAGCUGGUGCUGUGCUGCGGCAACAAGAAGCAGCUCCGAGUGAUCGUCGUCCAACUGGAUCGAUGGACGAUUUUGAAGGAGUUUUCCCUGGUGGGAGAGCCCCUGGAGCUGGCUGUGCAGGGGGCCUGUGUGUGUGUGGGCACCAGCGAGCAGUACCUCCUGUGUGAUGUGGACACCGGCCAGAGGGAGGCGCUCUUCUACCACGGACACAACAGUCAGCAGCUCCUGGUCAGAUCCUCGGGGCCAGGGGAGUUCCUGCUCAACGGUCCUGGAGGUCUAGGGCUGUUUGUGAACGUGUGGGGUGUGUGCCAGCGUGCCCCUCUGCAGUGGCCCGCGGGGGUCUUGGCAGCCUGUGUGUGCCCCCCCUACGCCCUGUGCCUGCAGGGCCACGAGCUGCUGCUCUACAGCCUGUUGGACCAGCAGUGCAAGCAGAGGCUGAGCGUGACGGGGGCUUUAGGGCUGACUCCUACUCCAGACGGGGCCCUGGUGUUCACAGACAGGGCGGUCCUCUCUCUGCGCCCUGUCCCACUGGAACAUCAGCUCCAGGUGCUGCUGCAGCAGGAUCAGCUGCACGAGGCCCUGCUGCUGUUGGAGUCUGAGCACGGGGCCCGACUGGAUCCUCACGGGGAUCUGCUCAGGAACGUCACGUGUCGGGCUGGAUUCCAUCACUUUUACCAGGAGAGCUUUGAAGAAGCCACACACCUGUUCACAAAAGGUGAGCUAGACCCCCGGGAGCUCCUGUGCCUCUUCCCCGGGCUCCAGUCCACUCUCCCCGCAGACUUCCACCCCCACACGGACCUCCUCCUGCCCCAGAGCCGCGCACAGGAGCUGCGGGGACGCUGGAGCAGGGAGCCCGACACACUGCAGCGCCACCUGGGCUUCGUGAGCAGCUUCCUCGGGGCAGUGAGGACCAGGAGGAGCGCAGAGCAGGAGCAGGGGCAGGAGCAGGUGGACUGCGCCCUCUUGUGGCUGCAUGUGCACACUGCAAACACUGAAGCGCUGCUGCAGCUGCUUGCUCGUCCACACGCAUGCGCACUGCAGACAUGCGAGCCCGUGCUGAUACAACACCACAGGUUCUUUGCGUUAGGAAUGCUCUUCGAAAGCCAAGGGAAGCAUCAAGAGGCCAUACAGAGCUGGGUGAAGCUGGCAGAGGGGCAGCACACUGACCCGUCCUGCGCCCUGUCCUGCUCUGAGCUGCUGCAGCACAUCGUGUCCAGGCUGGGGCAGCUGGAGGACACUGAGGACCUGUGGACGCUCGCUCCAUGGGCUCUGCACCAGGACCAGGAGACAGGUGUGCAGAUCUUUACCAAGAGAGCAGCCCAGACCCCCCUCCCCCCAGAGAGAGUCCUGGCUCUGCUGCAGACCUACCCCCAAGCCCGGAUAAACUACCUGGAGUUUCUCACACACAACAUGAGCAGUAAGGACUCAGGACAUCACACAGAGCUGGCCUUGGCUUAUGUCUCCCAGUGUCUGCAGAACCAACAGGACCCGGCGAGCAGAGGGAAACUACAACUGCUUCUGUGGGAGUCAGACUGUUACCACGUCUCAUCUGUGUAUGAGCGGGUUGUGCCCACCACUCUGUACAUGGAGAGGGCCAUUCUCUUGGGGCGCACGGGGGACCACAGAGGGGCCCUGAAGCUGCUGGUGGAGGCCGGUCCUGACACUGCUGCAGCUGAAGAGUACUGCUCAAGACUGUCCGUCCACCAGGGCCUCCAGAGCACACAGAGCCACAUGCUAGAGCUGCUACACAUCUACAUGAGUGAGGGGUGCUCGCCUGCCGUCCUGGGCCUUUUAAAGAAGUACCCUCAUCUCCUUUCGGGGCAGAGGGCUCUCCAUGUGCUGCCGGAGUCCUGGUCCGUACAGCUGCUCAGUGACUUCCUAGUUGGAUCUACGAGGGAGGCGUUUCACCGCAGCCGCAUGAAGACAGUGGAGGAGGCGCUGGAAAGGGCCCGGCUGCACAGGCACAAAGCACAAUGGAUCCAGGCCUCUAGCGCUGUGUUGAGACUGGACGGGAGACAAGCAUGUGAAGAGUGUGGUAAACCUGUGACCAGGCCUGGCUUUGUCCUCACGCCCCCUGGUGGUCUGCUGCACCUGGACUGUGCUAACGACUGUGCCACUGCACCCACAAGCCAAGGCCCGGAACUGCAAGCCUAA